AUGUUGGGCUGGCUGAAUACGUUUAUACCUUUUGCCGAUCCAACACGGCCCAUCUGGCGCGAUGUCGCUCUCUCGACGAUUUUGCUUCUGCUGAUGUAUGUUGCGCCAAGGAUCGAUUUCGAUGCGUUGGUCAGAAAACGCUCCGCUGACAAGGAGCCUGCCGUGAAUGUCUCACGCCCCGACACUCGUACCGAGAACCUAGAGCUAGACGUGAAUGAGUUCGAGGAUCAGCAUGAGGAUUCACGGAACGAUCCAGCUGACGAAUCUGACGCCGUGGAACUACAGGCAGACUCCAAUGAGGUGCAUUUAGGAGAGCAUCGUCAGAUGGACGAUGCCAAUGAUGAAGGUCCAGUUCGACAUCAGCCGCGAGCAAGGAAUACCAACCGCGAGGUAGGCUCGAAGAAAGCGAAGUCCAUUGCCCGUCGGAAUCAGCAGCGAGCUUACAAUGAAUGGCUACGGGAGCAAGGCGACGCGCAACGCGCAGAAUGGGCCCGUGACGAGCACGAACGGCAGGCGGAGCUUGCUGCUGAGAAGCAAAGGCGGGCAGCAAUUGACGCCAGGCUCCGUGAGAAGGAGAAGUCGGAGCGAGAAGCUAGAAGAGCCAAAGAAGAAGUGGAGAGGCAGGCAGAGCUCGAGGCAACGCAAAAGGCGCUUUGCUUGAUUGAGCAAGCGCUUGAGGAGAAGAAAUGUAGCAACGUCAAUGAUGUUGCUAAAUCAGUCAAGAGGAGUGAGGAAUGGGUGCGACAACUGGCUAGACGGGAAGGGUUACUCGGUGUCAAACUCAUCAAUGAUGAGAAGACGGUCGUCAUGCUUACCAGCAGUGGUUGGAUUAUGCGGGUCGACAAGACGAGAAUGGACAAGGUCUAUGCACAAGCAGCAGCAGCAUGCAGCCGUGGCGAUGGUAGAAUCACAUGGAGUGAAUUAGGAAGGAUGUUGCAACGGCAAGUUGUGGAUGCAACAUGA